GACCUCCUUGGGCUGCUUCACAGCACAGCCUAGCCCAGAAACACUAUCCCUUCUCCCGUAGUCCCGUAUCUCUUGCUUUCUCUCACCUCCCGAACACUAGACACGGCACGCCUUCUCCUUCCCUUCCUGCCCCUUUCUCUCUGAUCUCACGAACCAUAUGAUGUCGGGAGUUUUCCGAUGGAUGAAGCUCCGAGUCACCGCCGCAGGUGCGUCAAGAAGUAUGGCCGGCGCAGCCGCGAUCUCCGAUCCAACUCCAUAUUCUCGCAGUGUUCUCCGAUUUGCACCCGCUCUAACGGCGUUCUCGAAACUCCCGCUGCUGGAAACCGUCGGCGCGAUCCGCCCGGUCUUUUUCUCCGACAAGAGAGGCACAAGUGGCACUUCGGCGGCUCCGACGAGUUCCAGACCAGGCGUAUCCGCGUUGAGGCCAACUGCCCGCGCUGCUUUGGUUACAUGGAGCUUUUCUUUUCCAACCGUUCCCCGCCAUCCAUCGCCGGCGCUGGCGACAGAGGUGGAUACCAGGCUGUUAAGCUCUGCCCUAAGUGCCGGACUGCUUUCUACUUCCGCCCAAACAAGAUCGUUCCUCUCCAGGGCACUUUUGUUGAGAUUGGGCGGCUCAAGGAAAGCGAUAGCGGAGGGGUUGGAGAGGAGGAGGACCGUUUUUCGUUAUGGGAUGCGCUGAGGACAUCCUAUGUUGGUGGGGAUCCGCCGGAGGAGUGGCCGCCGACGCCACAGAGUAGAGGAUUGUCGAUGCAGGUGCCACCAGAGCCUCCGUUUCCUCCAAAUUUAAACGUGGUGAGGGUGGCGACUGUUGGUGGAGGCGGGAGUGGAGGAGCGACGGGGGAUGGAGGAAGUGGGUUUAAGGAUGGUUGGGGAGGUUCAAAUUUGGGAAAGGAUUUGCCAACUCCCAAAGAGAUUUGUAAAGGGCUUGAUAAGUUUGUGAUUGGACAGGAAAGAGCCAAAAAGGUACUAUCAGUUGCUGUUUACAAUCACUACAAACGAAUACACUAUGCAGCAUUGCGAAAAGGGUCUGCAGCCACUUCUGGAAUUUGUGAUAGAGAAACUGAUGAUGAUGAUAAUGAUAAUGUGGAGCUUGAGAAGAGUAAUGUACUCUUGAUGGGUCCUACCGGUUCAGGGAAGACAUUACUUGCAAAAACGUUGGCACGGUUUGUGAAUGUACCUUUUGUCAUUGCAGAUGCGACAACCUUGACUCAGGCUGGCUAUGUUGGGGAGGACGUUGAAUCAAUAUUGUACAAGUUACUUACGGUUGCUGACUUCAAUGUGCAAGCUGCACAGCAGGGUAUUGUGUACAUAGACGAAGUUGAUAAAAUUACUAAGAAGGCUGAGAGUCUAAAUAUUAGCAGAGAUGUAUCUGGUGAAGGCGUGCAGCAAGCGCUACUGAAAAUGCUUGAAGGAACUAUAGUAAAUGUUCCAGAGAAGGGUGCGCGUAAACAUCCUCGUGGUGACAAUAUACAGAUUGACACAAAAGAUAUUCUUUUUAUAUGUGGCGGAGCUUUUGUUGACUUAGAGAAAACCAUUUCAGAGAGACGGCAAGAUUCUUCUAUAGGUUUUGGAGCACCAGUUCGUGCAAAUAUGAGAGCCAGUAGAAUCUCUAAUGCUAUUGUGACAUCAGCCUUGUUAGAAUCGGUUGAAAGUACCGAUCUUAUUGCCUAUGGCCUUAUUCCAGAAUUUGUUGGGCGCUUUCCAAUACUGGUUAGCUUGUCAGCUUUGAAUGAAGACCAGCUUGUUCAGGUCUUGACAGAACCCAAGAACGCUCUUGGCAAACAAUACAAGAAAAUGUUUAGCAUGAACAGUGUUAAAUUGCAUUUUACAGAAACCGCACUUAGGCUAAUUGCCAAAAAGGCAAUGGCCAAAAAUACUGGUGCAAGAGGUCUACGAAGUAUCAUGGAGAAUAUUCUCACGGAAGCAAUGUAUGAGAUUCCAGAUAGGAAGACUGGAGAUGAACGAAUAGUUGCUGUUGUGGUGGACGAGGAUGCUGUUGGCUCCAUUGAAACAGCAGGCUGCGGCGCUAAAAUUCUUCGAGGCGACGGUGCCUUGAAACCUUAUCUUUCAGAGAACAAGGCUACGGAUGGUUCAGAAGAAGUGGAAAGGGAGACAGAGAACUCUUCAAGGGCCAUGAGCGUGUAGUGUAAUUUACUUCGCCUCUGUAUAGAUUGUAUAAAUCUCUGUUGAUUGGAAUUGAUGUAAUUAGUUAGCUCGCACAAUCCUUUCUUUUAAGAAAUGAGCAAGCCUCUGUCAAAUUCUCAUCUAAAUGUCUCAUGGUGUUGGCUGAGUAGACUUACAAAUUGUGCAGGUUGGUGUUGGUCACAUGUGGGGCUUUAUUUAUUGGGAUAAGUACAUGUAAAUCACCCAAAAUGUUACUAUUUACAAAUGAACCGCCCAGUUGAUUUUUUUGAACUACCGAACUGAUAUAUUUAAUGUGGGGGAAUAUCAAAUGGUAGCGGC